UUUGAAGCUAACUAGCGGACCAAUCUGGGCGGUUUUAGGUCGUUUUUUUUUUAUUAUUUUUAUUAAAUAACAACAACAACCAAAAAAAAAAAAAAAGUCGUUUAUGUUGUUGUGUGCUUAUGCAUGCCAGCAAACGCUUGUAUGUGGGGUUUUUUUUUUAAAAGCUUGUGCAUGGUGAUACGAUUGUUCUUGUGUGCACUAAAAUAUCUAAUGGCUGCACCUUGAGCUAAUGUAGCCAAGUUAGCUUGUUCAUGUGUAUGCAGGUUAAUACCUAUGGAGUGUGGCUAGCUAGCUGAGUAGCCUAAGUUGUCCAGGCCUGCACAGUGUAAACUGCUGGUCGGUGCACUGUGUUGCCUUAUUUUUUAAUGUCUUUUAACCCUUUUUAUUUACGUCGUGCAAGUGUUUAGUCCUGUGUGUCAUGUAGCUCCAAAGAUCGCCCCCUCAUCAACAUGUUCAGAGGAAAGUCUGCCGCACUAUAAAUCUCGUCAUACUUCCCCAAAAUAUAUUUAAAAAAAGAUGUAUAAUGUUGGUUUCGCGCUUCGUGACCUCGUUUACCAGAAAUAGUGAAAGCUUGCUGGUCGUUUUUGUAUUUCAUGUUUUUUUUUUUUUACAGUGCGAAUCAGAUUUUAAAGCAAAAGAGCCACGUUGAGUGUUCCCAUGUUAUCUGUCCCCUAUUUGGAGUAGAGAUAUCCCACCAGUGAACAUCAAUACACUCGCUGCUGUCAGGCUUCACAGUCUCUCUCUCUCUCUCUCUCUGUGUGUGUUGUGAUAAGAAUAACAAAACUUAAUGGGGAGAGCUUGCUGCUGAGAUAAUACUCUCCCACUUUUUUUCUAUGAUAGCUCAGAUGAUUUAUACCAGACCAAAAACACUAGGUAGGCUACUGCUCCAUGACCCGAUUAUGGGCUUUAGGGCCAAAUACCUACAGAGGCAUGGAGCACCCCUGCAGUGCACCACACAGUGAGCUGGUUAAGGUCUUAUGAGUUUGGACAGAGUGAGGAAUGUGAACCCUCACACGGUCCUCUACAAGCUGCGAAAGGGAAAGCUCAUUAAAGUCUAGACUUGAGAGCGAGCAUGGAUUUGAGGAGCACUGCUCGGUGUAAUAAGAGGUAAUGCGCUGUAAAUGGCUCUUCAAACAAUACACAGAAAUCAUUACAGUUCCAUGUCUGGCAUUCAGCUCAUCUUUACCUGCUCUGCAGUUUGAAGACACCGGCACCCUGCAGGGCAGACGCCUUCAGAGAAACUGAAUCUGGCAGCUGCCUACACCUUACAUACGAUCUCGAGAGGAAUUUAGCUUCAAAUGUUCAGUAUCAAAGACGCUGAGCGUUUGAUUCUGCAGUCUGAUUUUUAAGCAUAUGGAACAAAACUUGGAACAGAUUGUAUGUCUUUCCAACUGCAUUUCCUACCUUGGACAGCAUGGAUGCUCUUUUUGAAUCAGGUUGACUAUCUGUCACCUCAUCCCCUCCUUCCUGUCUCUUCAGUUGAAGGAGGGUGGGGGAUUGGUGUGGAAUCCCCUGCCCCUCCUUGUAGAGUAGGCUAGUCUACCUUGGCACCAUUGCAGUUACUCUUUUCUGUUGCCUUGCCAUCAGCUCCAUCCCUCCAUUCCCUCUCCCUCUUCAUGAAAUCCUGCAAGAGCCUCAAGGAAGAGGUUUCUGUCCCUGGCCUUGGCGGGAUGUCACAGGAGGAAGGACGCAGGGUGCCAGUGUCCCAGUCUUUUUUUCACUCACCCAACCCAGACCUGGACCUGACAGGCAAGCUUUAUAAGAGGGAGGUUGGUGGUAAGCCUUAUUCUGUGUUAGUGGACAAUAAAAUGGCAGCCAAGACAUCCAUGGGAGAUCAGAAUAUUGGUCAAUUGCCCACUCAACAUGUGACUCCACAGCAACAUCAGCAGUAUUUCAGAGAGGGAGGAGCAGGACAGGAGGUGGGGACGCAGGGGUCCCAGGCUGGCAAUGACGGCACCUCUGACGACACUGAAGAUGAUGACGACGAGGAGGAAGAAGAGGGGGAGGAGGAGGAGGAUGGGGAGGAGGAGGAGGAGGAGGGCUUCAAGCGUGAGCAGAUAAUUGUUGAGGUUAACCUGAACAACCAGACACUUCAUGUAUCCAAGGGGGACAGCAAAACUGGAACCACAGCAGACGACUCUGAGAGAGCUGGCAGUGAUGAAGAUGACGAGGAGGAGGAGGAGGAAGAAGAAGAAGAAGAAGAAGAGGAGGAGGAGGAGGAGGACAGUCCCGAUGAAGAAGAAGAGGAGGAAGACGAGGAGGAGGAUGAGAUUGAGAGUCGAAGAACAAGGUCAAAGAGGCCUCGUCGGGGUGCUAGUAGCACUGCAGCUCCCAGCCAGCCACGGAGGAAAAGCCUCAGAACAGCCCUCAGCACUGCUACCGCUGGAAUGACCACCAGGGGGCGGCGGAAGCGCAUGGAACCCCCAAAGAGCAAGCGCAGGUCAGCCCGAUCAGCGCCGUCGUCUGCCGGUUCCACGGCGACAGGCGGGAAAGUGGAGGUGGAGGAGAAGGAGAUGCUGGCGUGUGAAAAGUGCCCCCGAGUGUUUAACACGCGCUGGUACUUGGAGAAGCACAUGAAUGUCACACACAGGCGAAUGCAGAUUUGCGACAAGUGUGGCAAAAAGUUUGUCCUGGAGAGUGAGCUGGCCUUACACCAGCAGACCGACUGUGAGAAGAACAUCCAGUGUGUUUCCUGCAACAAGUCUUUUAAGAAGCUGUGGUCGCUGCAUGAGCACAUUAAGAUUGUGCACGGCUAUGCAGAAAAGAAGUUCUCAUGUGAAAUCUGUGAGAAGAAGUUCUACACCAUGGCUCAUGUCCGUAAGCACAUGGUUGCUCACACUAAGGACAUGCCAUUUACCUGUGAGACGUGUGGGAAGUCGUUCAAACGCAGCAUGUCUUUAAAAGUUCACUCGCUCCAGCAUUCUGGAGAGAAGCCCUUCCGUUGUGAGAACUGUGACGAGCGGUUCCAAUACAAGUACCAGCUGCGCUCCCACAUGAGCAUUCACAUCGGACACAAGCAGUUCAUGUGCCAAUGGUGUGGCAAAGACUUCAACAUGAAACAAUAUUUUGAUGAGCACAUGAAAACCCACACAGGAGAGAAGCCUUUCAUUUGUGAGAUUUGUGGGAAGAGCUUCACCAGCCGGCCCAACAUGAAGCGCCACCGCCGCACCCACACUGGGGAGAAGCCCUACCCCUGCGAAGUGUGCGGCCAGCGCUUCCGCUUCUCCAACAUGCUCAAAGCACACAAAGAGAAGUGUUUCCGGGUCACCAGCCCUGUGGUUCUGCAGACCAGCGGCCCACCUGUGCCUGUCCGCAUCUUUGCCAACACCUUCUCCUCCUCUUCCUCCUCUUCUGGUCCCGGCCCCUCGGCUGCCACCCCGGCCACCACCUCAGCACCCCUGGGCCUCAGCCCGACAGGAGGGCCCAUGCCUCCACGAGGCCCUGUGGGACACACAUUCUCCCAUGUACAGCUCCACUCAACCCCCUCUCACCAUCACCCCCACCAACCAACAACCCAGCAACACCUCUCAAACGCACCCCAACACGCCCCACCUCACCCCCACCACCACCUGGCUGUGCCCCCGGUCUCCCACCUGCCCCCACCUCCGGCCCUUUUCAAGAGUGAGCCCUUAAACCACUGUGGGCAUGAAGACAGCAGCUACCUGCACCACAUGGCUCCCUCUGAUAAAGGCCCUGGAGCCCCUCAGCACCACUGAACUGUGCUCCAGCUCUGCAGGCCCACACCAAACUGCGCCUUGUUCCUCCUCUUCUCAUAGUCCUGCCUCAGUCUCAGUUGCUAGGCCCCUGAUGUAAGGGUGCUCCUUUCAAAUAGAUUUAAGUCAAGCUAAACAUACCAGACUGAUACAUACUCAGUGCACAUGAUAUUUAAGUAAGACCCAUACUUAAAUACCCUGGUGAACUGACAAAGAUUUUACAGCCUCUAGAAUUUUUUUCUUGAACAUUUUCUUAGGAAAGCUACACAAAAAGAUCAAUCCAUACAUUGAUGGGUGUAGAGUAUCUCCUCUUCAUCAAAAGCUGCUGAUGGAAGUCAACAUAUGUAUUAUCUGGGCUUCAUGGAUCAUCAAAGAUCAGUCUCAUUGAACUUUCCUCUUUAUUUCAAGUUGACUUAUGGUUGCACAUUGGUCAGAACUUUUGCUUUUUGUGCAGGUCCUCCCCAUUGCAAUACUCAACCUGUCCUCCUAGUUGUACUGCAGAGCCUCGACCCCCACAGAAAUGUGUAUUGAAUGUUGUAACUGGUUCUACCUGAGCCUUUCUUUGUCCUAAGGCCACGGCUGAGGCGUUGUCAGAAGGGCAACAGCAGUAGUGCAAGACGCAGUGCCAUAGGUUACAGUAAGAAGGCGGGGAGGAAUUUUUGUAAAGGACAUUGGAAAAAAGGUUUUGUAAAUGGUUAGUUGAAUCUAGACAUAGUCUAGAUUCAUAUAUUGGUUAAAUGGUGCUUUCCAUUCCAGUACAUAAAAUAUUUCUUAAUUUUGUUUUUUCAUUUUAUUUUCAGAAGUGUAAUAUUACAAAAUUACAAUGUAUUGUCUCAUACAGAACAUGUCUUGCCAGCCUGGCUUUUCUACAAUGGAUUUAAGGUUUGAGUAGAUAUUUUGUGAUGAAGAAACUCAAGUUAUGCAGGACAAACACACCCUCACACUUACUCAAGCACACACACAAAAGACCAUAUGGUCACUGAUUUACUUACUGUGAUCAGUGCAACCUCAGCUUUCAGUACUGUUGGUCAACAGAUGCUUUUAGAUAACAGAUGACUGUCAAAUACUGCCACUGUGAGGGGCCAGACACAUGGCCCCAUCAGGAUUUACCCCACCUUCCUUCGCUGCUGUCUAAAUGAUACGGGUUACCAUGUUAAAGGUCAUUUGACACACACAGUAUACACACCUGGGACCUUUUUCAUCAUAGUUCUUAACAGGCAAUUAUGCAUAUUCCUUUCAGCCUAUAUUCCACGGUUUGGUGUGGGGCGUCGUCGUAAUGUAGAGGUUUUGUUUUAUUUGACUUUGAUCAUACUGUCACACUUUGAUCCACACAGGCAAACGCGUGUCUAAACCUGUUGAAUGUUGCCUACGCAGAAUAAUGGCUGAUGAGUCAUUCAUAUGUUGUUUUUUUUAAUGUUCUCCGUUUUAAGCUAAUGAAUGGUUCUGCAGUGUAGAUAUACUGUUGUCAGCACAUGAUAGGAAAUGUCAGGAUAAAAGGCAGUGGUCAUACGACUUCUUAUACUUUUUGAAUUCUUGUAUAGAUAGGCAUACAUGUGAUCAAGUCAGCGCAAGAAAUUACAUUUAUAAAUGUAAUAGCCGAUGGUGUGAAUGUUAUUUGUUUUAAAAGAAGCAUAAAUGAUUGGCAGGUAUUUGGCAUGAAUUUGGAUUGCCUGGUUGUUAGCCCUUCACCCAGUCUGACGGCUAUCAGAUGUGUGUUAAGGAACAACAUUGAGCUGUGUGUGUGACAGAGAGAGAGAGAGAGAGAGAGAGAGAUUGUGUGCAUGCAUUAGUCUCUACCAGUCUGUCUGUCUGGUUGUCCCCAGUGCUCUUGUACCAAAAGCUGCUUUUACACAGUGUGCCCCAAUAUAUGUGUAUUUGGGGAUACCUGAGUUGGAUAAUAGCAGUAAAUUUAACAUGAUUCUGUCUACCGCUCAAACAGAAUUUAGUCUGAAGUGGUUAAACUCAGUAGUUUAGGAUGCCCCCCCUAUUUUUGAUUUGAGACCUGCAAUUAUCCUGCCAUUUCUGUGGGUCUUAAUACCGCUGCAUUAAUUGCUUAUCAUCCGGCCCCCCUCGGGUUCACUGCUGUGCUUCAGCAUUUUGCAGUAUGGAUCUUUUGUCUUGUAAUAAUUUUUUUUUUUUUUUUUUUUUUUAAAGCCUUUUCAUUUGUGUGUAUUCUCUGCACUUUACUGCUGCGUGGGUGAGGCGCAGGGAAGCGAGGGACUGACAAUGCAUUGUGGAACAGAGUGCAGUUAUGGCUGCAUGUGAAAGGGUGGAGGUGAUUACUUUGAGUGGAUGUUUUUUAGGCAAGGAAAGGAGGAGAAUCCCGGGCGGAGGCGGGUAGUGUGGAAGGGACCUUAGCAAACGCAGGACAUUUCUUUUAAAGUAUGUGCAUAAAUUUAAUUUCCUUUUUUUUCUUUUUGUCAAAGAAAUACGCUUUGGCUCCGAUAUGGACCUCCCCCCUCAAAGUGAAAUCGAUGUUCCUCCUGCUUUGGCGACUUUCCACUAGCCCCUCCAAGCUAUGUCUGAAAUACAUUCUUCUGUUAUGUUCGUUCACGGAGUUUCUCUCUUCGUCAUGUCCAGUUUCGUCUUCUUAAGUUUGCUGAAUGAUUCUCCUCCUCCUUUCUUUGUUAUAUAGAAUGCACUUUCUACUAAAAAAUUCUUGGCUAGUUAAGAAAAAUAACAUUGUAUGUUCUCUAAAGAUGUUUUAAAAAAAAAAAAUCAAUAUACUUUUUUCCCCUUUGUAUUUUUAACCACUUAAUGUAGCAUUGCGUAUUUUAUUAUUGUAUCUGGUACAAAAUGUGCAGCUUUAUAAUGUCCUCGUUUGUCCUUUUUUUUUUGUAUGUUAUCUGGAGAUUGGGGAGAAGUGAAAAAGUUGGGCCUUUUUUGAUAAUGUACAUUUAACUGACUGCUAACUUUGAGAAGUAAAAACAAGUAGCCAUGAUUAUCA